AUAAUAUUUUGACGUUUGUCAGUUUGAGUUUAUUCAACAUACAAUAAUGGAAUGAAACCAUUCUAAAAGCAAUCUCAAGUCAGAUAACUCCGGCGAAAAUGAACCGUUCGUAUCACAAACAGUGACAAACAUCAGUAUCGUUCACCCUGCUUAAACUGCUUCAAUAAAACAGCAUCAGUUAUUUACAUAAGUUUAUUUUCUGCCAAAAGAAGUGUUUUGAGUGUAGGAAGAAAUCAUCAAGAGAAAAAAAAAUGUUCACAGUGGUUCCUUUUGUUGUUGCUGUGCAUUGAUAAACGAAAUCUCGUAGUAAACAUCAAUCAGUAGAAUGCCUGAGCAAUUCAUCAAAGUUAAACACAGUGAGAUACAGUCUACCACAAUAUUCUGUGAUGUCAAGAGGGCUGAUGUAGAUCUGAAUGGAUCUAUCUCGAAUAUUUCAAAUUCCAAUGGUGAUAUAUGUAGAAUAUGUCACUGUGAAGCUGAUUUGGACAAUCCUCUCUUGUCCCCAUGCUACUGUGCUGGAAGCUUGAAGUAUGUCCAUCAGACAUGCCUGCAGCAAUGGCUUGCAGCCUCUGACACUAGAUCUUGUGAGCUUUGCAAGUUUCAUUUUAUUCUUCAUACAAAAAUUAAACCUAUUGGAGAAUGGAGAAGAUUAGAAAUGAGCAGUAUUGAAAGGAGGAGGUUGCUUUGUGCUAUACUGUUUCAUUUUGUUGCUGCAGUUUGUGUGAUCUGGUCACUUUUUGUACUUCUUGAUCGAGCAGCUGAAGAGGUCCACAAAGGUUUAAUUGCAUGGCCGUUUUGGACAAAAUUAGCCGUCGUAGCGGUGGGAUUCACUGGAGGUGCCGUUUUCAUGUACAUCCAAUGCAGACAGUACUUACAUUUGUUUUCGAGAUGGAAAGCUCAUAACAGAAUAAUCUUGGUACAGAAUGCACCUGAAAAGGUUUUACCACCGCCACCAUCCCCAACUCUUCGGAUGACAAUUAGUCCGGUAUACAAUGUCGGAGGUGAAUUAUCUCAAUCUCAAGUCGUGGCCAACGUCGAAUACAAUGUGCGCCCUCGGAACGAGCAGCCGGUUGAAUCUUGUUACGUCUUCGAAGACGAGCGCAGUAAGAGUUCUGAUUUUAUGAAAAGUGAUAGUAGCAGUACGGCGUCCUAUGGUGUAACUGAUAAGUCUGAUAAUAAUACACCGGUAGAACACAAAACAGAGUUGCACGAGAAGUCCAGUAUCGGUGAGAACUCGUGCGAUGCUUUAGAAUUAAAUAUACAGGAAAUAUUAGCGCUCGAUGUGGAGUACAGCAAAAGGUGCACGCACAGCUCUGGCGAAGGUUUAGGAUCCAAGAAUGAAAAGAUCAAGCCCAAACCCGUAUUCAAGUCGCUGCCCAACUUAAGUGCCAGCAGUGAGAACUUGCUUGUAUGAAUGAAAGAAAAAAAAU